AUUACUCUGCCUCCACGCACCACUGUCCUUACCGAUACAUUCUACCCAAGCGGAGACCACACAUCCCCAAUACGCUGCCGAGUGGACACCAUAACUAUGCCAGUGAUUACUAUUCUCGCGUUCCUCGUCUUCAUGAACCACGCCGGCGGCGCAUUGGUACUCGCCCAAGAUACCACCACGGCGUAUACAUCUACACUCACCACACCCAUCUUCGUUUACCUUGCUCAGCCCUCCAAUACCACAAUCGAGGCGAAGUCAUCAAAAACCUUCACUACUGCGACUGAGUCCACCCCGACGACCACCGCGGCAGAGCACUACACCAUUGCACCUACACUCGCCUCAAUUUCUCCAACUGCGUCAACCACAAACCGUACAAAAAAUACCACUAUCAACGACUUCGGAGAACCAACCAGCCUCUCACCAGAACAUCCUUCUUGGACCAUAGGCGCUACAGCAUCCCUUUUUUGCUACGACUUCCUCAUCAUGGUGGCGUUCGCAUGGUGUUGGGUCAUGGGCUGGUUUUGGUGGUGGAAGAAGGUCGAGGGAAGGAAUGGGCUGACGGACAGGGGAAGAGAGAGAGGGAGGGAGAGGGAAUGGUGGGGGAGGAUGGUGAUGGAUGAGAAUAUGGAGAGGGAGAUGCGGAGAUUGGGCAUGGUGUGA